UUUAAAUUUAUUUCUCCAGAAUAGGGCCACUUUCAAAUUUGAUCCUGCAGAUGAGGAGAAAAGAAAGAAACUGUGUGAAGGAAUCUUAAACAUCCUUGAAAAAGACCUAAAAACUUCAUGUCAAGUUGCCUGUCUUGAAGCCCUUCGGAUUCUCUCCAGAGAUAAGAAGGUUUUAGUGCCUGUGACAACUAAGGAAAACAUGCAGAUCCUGAUGAAGCUGGCAAAGCUGGACAUGACAGAAGAUUCUUUGGAGGAUGUGUCCAAUUUCCCUGUUAUAGUGGAAGCUUUGAAAUGCCUUUGUAACAUAGUUUUUAAUAGUGCCCUUGCACAGAAGCUCAGUUUGGAACUGAACCUUGCAGCUAUGCUUUGCAAUCUACUGAGAAAAUGCAAGGACCAACACCUUGUCGAUGACAUUAAAUGUUUUGAUUUGCGCCUUCUCUUCCUCCUGUCACUUCUGCACACAGAUAUUAGGUCACAGUUGCAUCAUGAGCUACAAGGGUUGCAGGUUUUGACUCAAGCUUUGGAAAGUUCUUUUAGCAUAAGAUGGACAGACAAGUACAAAGCUGCUGAAGAACAUGUUGGAUGUCCUUUAUCGCUGCAAGAAACAGAUUGUGCCAUUGAGGCACUCAAAGCUCUCUUUAAUGUGACACUUGACAGUUGGAAUGUCCACAGUGAGAAUGAAUCUCAUCAAUUUCGUUAUAUGGCUGCCAUCCUUCGCCACUGCUUAUUAACCAUGGGCCCUACUGAAGACAAAACAGAAGAAUUGCACAGUAAUGCAGUCAACCUUUUGAGCAAUAUUCCGGUUUCUUGUUUGGAUGUCCUCAUUAGUCCAUCAACUCAAGAAGAAACUGUUUUAAAAUAUAAUGGUAUGAAUAUGGAUGCCAUUCAAGUGUUGCUGGAUUUCAUGGAGAAAAGAAUAGACAAGGGAAGCAGCUACAGAGAGGGUCUGACUCCAGUUCUCAGUUUACUCACGGAAUGUUGCAGAGCUCAUCGGAACAUCAGGAAGUUUAUCAAAGCCCAGGUAUUGCCUCCAUUAAGAGAUGUAUCAAAUCGUCCUGAAGUUGGCACAACAGUGAGAAACAAACUUGUGCGCCUUAUGACACAUGUUGACCUUGGUGUAAAGCAGAUUGCAGCAGAAUUCCUCUUUGUCCUUUGUAAGGAGAGAGUUGACAACUUGUUAAAGUAUACAGGCUAUGGUAAUGCAGCGGGACUACUGGCAGCAAGAGGCCUGUUAGCAGGAGGAAGGGGAGAUCACUGGUACUCAGAUGAUGAAGAUACAGACACUGAAGAGUAUAAAUCUGCAAAGCCAAACAUUAACCUUAUCACUGGUCAUGUGGAGGAGCCAAUGCCCAAUCCUAUGGAUGAAAUGACAGAAGAACAAAAAGAAUAUGAAGCCAUGAAACUUGUCAACAUGUUUGAUAAGCUUUCCAGGGAUGAGGUUAUAAAGCCAAUGGGAGUUCGACCGGAUGGCACAAUGACUCCUUUGGAAGAGACAAUCUGCCAGUACCAAACCAAUGAGCAGGACAGUUCAGAUUCAGACUAAAGCAUCACCUGCUUCACUGUCAAUAUCUCCUUUAAUCAGCAUCUUCCCUCCGAGCCAUGACAUCUUUUAUCUACGCAUUCUUACCCCCUCAUUAGCCAGUAUCAUUUCCAGUCUUACCGGGAUAUUUGAAUGAUGGUGGAUCUUGUGGUGUAAUCUCUGCAUUUUUAUGAAUCCAUUUAUAUAGGAACAAAUUAUCAGUUUAUUAAUUGUAAAGCAAAUUGUAUUUCAGUGAGAUGAAAAUAAGAUUGCAGUGCAAAAAAACUAAAUU